AGUGGGAGAGGCAAGGAGAGAGAAGAACACAUUAACACAGAGAGAGAAAGAAGAAAGAUAGACCACCUCACUUUCCUCUUUCACCAUUUUCCUCCUUCUUUCUCCUCCUUCUUCUUCUUCUCCUCUCUUUCUCUCUCUACCAUGAAUUCAAGCAAAACAGAGGAAGAAGACCUCUUCCUCCCGGACCACCACCAGAUCCCACCUUCCACCACCACCACCACCACCGCCACCACCUACCCCUCCACCUUCUCCCUCCUUUUCCCUCCAUCCCCAUCCCCUUCCCACUCCCCUCCAUCUCACUCCAGCUCAGACCACUCUCCCCCGCACUCCCCUCGGCCCCAAGCCCAAGACCAAGACCAAGACCAAGACCAAGACCACCACUCCAAAACCCUAUCUUCCUCCUCCUUCUUCAUCUCCCCUGAACCCCACAUCUCAUCCCAAUUCUACACCUUCAACCCCGAAUCCCACUCCCUCAUGAUCCACUCCCUCCUCCACCACCGCCUCCCCUCCGCCGCUGAGAUCGUCGCCGCCACACCUCGCUCUGUCCUCAAAUCCUGGCGCACCGUCUGGAAGGACCGAAACGAAGAAACCGCCUACCUCACAGCAUGGAAGCGAAUCCAAGACAAGCUCCAAACUCAUCUCGACCCUAACGGUAACCCUUUUCUGUGCUUCAAGAACAACACCAACCAGUUUGUUUCUCACAUUAAUCAGUGGCAAGACAUAGUUAUGUCCUCACAUGGCGACACCGAUCUCAGGCACUUUAGUUUGAAAGAGACCAUUGAGAGGAUCAAGCAAAUGUGGACCGUUGGAGCUAAAUUCUAUGGAAUUCCCGAGAGUUACAUUAGGGUUUGUGUUGCGGCUUGUCCGGUGUGCUCGUCGGGGGAAGGUGGCGGUGGCGGUGGCGGUGGUGGUGGAGCUGGCUCCAGGAGCAAGAGGAGAAGGUUUGAGUAUACUGAGAGCUUUGACGUGCCAGCAAAAGAGGUGCCUAGUAGGUUGCAGCAAUUGGCGACGAAGCACAAGGUUGUGUUGUGUAUUAGGCAGAAGUAUAUUAGGUAUAAGCCGUUUAUGGCGGAGGUGAAGGAUUAUGCGUGCCAUAGGGCUGGUGAGCCGGCAGCGAAGAAGUCCAAAGUUUUGAAGAGGGAGCCUUAUGCUUCUAAGAGGUGUGGGUGUGGGUUUAGGAUUAGGGCAAUAGUUCCAAUCACGAAUUACAAUGAGAAGGACAAGAGUUUUGUGUAUCAAGAGGAAGGGAUGGCGGUUUUUAAGCUCUAUGCCGUGCAUUCAGGGCACGAGCCGGGGCCUUUGGAUGGGAAUGCUAGGAUUAUGCAUAGGGUUGUUGGGCAUAAAGGAGGGUAUUUGAUGGAUCAGGAGAAUGUUUAUGGGGUUAGUGAGGACAUGGAGAGUGAAGGGUUUGGUUUGAUUAGGGGAAAUGAUGAUGGGGAUUUGCAGUUUUCGGUGUUGCAGCAGGUGCAGGAGUUGAGGACUGAGGUUGCAAUGCUGGAAGGGAAGGUUUCGAAGAUACCAGGUGAGUUGCUGGGAUCGGUUUCAAGGGAGUUGUUUGAUAUUGUGAAUAAGAUUAGGAGUAUAGGGGAAAUUGAGGGGUUGAAGCCUAUUGGGUUGAUUUCUGAUAAGUCGCACGAGGAUGAUGUCUUGGUUGGGGAUAAUGAUCUCACAAAUUGGAGUAAUCACCAUGAUAGGAUCUAUGGGGAUGGCAAGGAUACUGAGCUGAUUGAGGAUGAUGAAGAUAGUUUCGGCCGCACUUUGGGGGAAGUUGUUUCUUGGGACCAUAUGAGAGCAGAUUGUAGGAGUCAGAAAGAUCUUAUAAGCGAUAGUUGCAAGCCUGAGAAGUGGUUGAAGUGCAGUGAUUUUGAUGAGAAAGGCAUCCUUGAUUGUGAGGAUACUAAACUAACCAAGCCCAUGAGGCAUGACGAAUCCAUAGUUUCGGAUGUAGGCGGCCUUAGCUGUAUACAGGUCGAUAGUUUCUAUCAAGACAAUACUAAGUGGUAUGAUUCUCCUUGUGGCUUGGAUACUGGUGCUGAUUGUGGAGAUAGUGGAUUCUGUCAUGAAGAGAUUUUAUAGCUUUCCAUGUACAUCAGAGUUAAUCCACACUAACUUAGGGAUCACCGAUCAGAUUCCACUGAGGCUAUUUAACCCCCUUUCCAGCGAAACAGAAGUGGGAUUGUAUAUUUAUGUAUACAGAAGAUUGGAGCCGCUCACAUGCUUUUAGGUGUAUUUAUUAGUGUGGUUCUGUAAAGUAUGACCGGUUUAUGCUUCUUUUUGCACAUAACUUCAUUAUGAGUAUGACUAUAUCUGGUAACCUUGUUUUUGGCCUUCAGUUUUAUAAUGUUGGUCCUUAUAUCAGUGUUUUUUCGGUCUUCUAUUUUGAACUUAAAAGAGACUGUUGUAUGUAUUAUGAGAAGCCAUUCACGACUUGUUUCCCAACUCAUUGUGGUGUGUUUGAACUUUCUUUAUGACAUGUGUGCGCUUCACUCCUUAUCCGGUUCUUCUACAUAUUUACUCAUUGCCAAUGUGUAAUAGAUCAUUUAUCUGUUUGACCGAUGUGAAAUUUAUUAGUUGCUAUGACUCAGCGGUGAGACAGCCCAAUAUAUGAUCAUGUAACUCUUCUCUACCUUUUAAGUCAUCUUUGCACUGCUUUUGGCUAUUGAUUUUACAGUGAAUUGGAGGUUGCAGGUUGGUGGUACUGUAACAGAUGUCCUCAGGUACAUCCACCUUUGCCCUGUUUAGAACUUAAAAAAUUGUUUGGCGCAGGUUUACUAUGUAGUCUGUAAUAUGUUAAAUCUGUACAUCAAGCACACCCAUACAUGCAGAAAGGAUAUGUCCAUAGUAUGUUAAAUGAUCCAUGGAUAUGUCAUAAUUUUUGUAAGUUUAUUCAGAUGAUAAUUUGACAUACAAUGAACAUUGAUGACACUUCUAGUACAUACCCAACUGUGUAGUAUUAGGAGGUAUUAACAACAUAAACCUUGGAGUCGCAUCUUUCUCCCUUAUCAUAGCAUCUUUGAGUGGAAGGGAAGAUGUGUAUCGCAUCAUUUUCAUCAACUAGUGUCGGGGUCAAGCUAAUUCAUGGAUCCUUGUCCAGUAUUACUUACUCUCUAGGAAACUUGUCCUGUUCAUGACUUAUUUCUUUGGACCGGUUGCUUUACAUAUGCUCUUUCGGCUUACCCUGUAAGCUCAAAGUGUCACCUUUAGCUCUUCAUUUUCAGUUUGGGGCAAACAAACAGAAUUUGAGAACAUAAGAUCCUUCAAUGCCUUCUGUAUCCGGCAUUCAGGUUAAAUAAAGACCAGUUCUCAUUGGCUCUAAAGGCAACUUUACUGGAGAAAGAUGCCAGAAACUGCGAGGAUAAAGAUCAUGGUAGCCUUAAACAUGGUAUGCUUUCAUAUAUGAGUAGUGUGCUUAUUUCUUUAAACUGCAAGCACAGAACCUUGUUUUUCGUUGUGAUUGUACAUAUCGAAGUUCUAGACAAGCCCCUUUUUAAAGUCUUGGAUCUAUAUGUCCCUUGUAUUCAUGCAUGUUAAGUUGUUAACUGUCAUGAAUCUGGUUUAUGUUCUCCAUUUUUGGUCUUAACAUUCUUCUUCUCCCUAUUUAUAGUAGAAAUUACACUCUAAAGAUAUUUUCCAUUGUCUCAUGUUACUAAGGAUUUUCUGAUACUGAUUUGCCAAUUUGUUAUCUAUAAUCAUCUUCAAAUUGUGACCGUCAAGACAUUUACAUAUAUUCUCCAAUUUUGGCAGCAAUUUACUUUGUAGCAUCGAGUGUCACCAUAAAACAGAUUAAGAAUUUAAGAUAAGAAACGAAGGUUUAUUCUUUUCAUAAGGAUAUUACCAGAUGCUAUUGGAUGUUUAGAAUUGUAACUGCCAACAAUAUUUUAGUUCAUACCUUUUGCUAGCUUGAAUGGAAGCAAACAAGAUGUUUGCCAUUUUUUGAUUUGGCAAAAAUUUUGACAACCGAAUUGAGAAGUAAACAGUUGUGAGCAUCUCUUCCUUUUUUAUUGGUUUGUAACUAAGGCCAUGGCUUUCACACUAAGAUCAAAUUAAUUCCUUUCUCCUUGUUUUCUUCCGCCGUUGUUAUAAUUCUGGGAUUAGGAAAUAGUUAAUCUCUGUCCCCUUACCUGUUAAGUUUGUUCAGCUUUGCCGAGUUCAAACAGUUCAUAAUUUUAUGUCUUCUGCAUGUUUGUCUGUUAGGCUGCAUUUGUUUAUAAGAAUAGGACACUAAGACAUUGGCACAGAGACACAAAAUUGUGUUUGGCAAGUGAGAUAUGGACAGAGACAUUGUGUACUGGGACACUGAAUUAUUGUAUUUUGUGUCAUUCUUGUAAUCUUGUCAGAAAGCACACAGAGACAUUGGGCAGAGACAAUUUAUUUUUUCAUUUUUCCUUUUAUGAUCACUAUCAAAUUUUCGUAAGUACAUUUUUUUAUCAUUCUAUUUUUUAUUCUAAAUUUUGUGUGAAGGAAAAAAUGAAGAUAAAUUGAACUUUUUAUUGUUUUUUCUAUCUUAUAUUUAAUUUAUCACAAAACUAAAUACGAAAAUAUUAAUCUUUGUAUCUCUGUGCUUUUAUGUCUUAUUCUCAAUGUUUUCUCUUGUUCUAUUCUCAAAAUCAAACGCAAUCUUGGUGGCUCUGUGCAGACAAUGUCUCAGACCCAUAGACAUAGAUUUACAAAAGGUGUUUGGUAUUUGGAUUUAGAUAUAUAGAGGGGACCGUGGAGGAGGAGGAAAAGAGAGGGAAAAAACUACAGAAAAUUUCUUACCUCCUAAAUAGAGACAGAAAAUUGAAUCCAAAACUCUGCCUAAUAACUCCCCUCACCCCCCUUUUAUUUUUCUCCCACAACACGUGUUUGUGCUCCUAACUUUACCAGCAGUCACACUAGUUCACCACGAUCAUCACAUCACUAUAGCCCUGUGAAGGGACAAGACAUGUAUCCUAGUUGUAUUCCUACAAAUCUCAUCUGCUAGUUAUCAAAUCUGAAUUUGCAGUGAUAGAACUGCCCUAUAAGAUCAGGUACAUUCCUAUGUCAAAUGCAUGUGCUUUUGGUGGAUAAUACUAGCAAGUACAACUAUGGGUGUUAUACAUAGAUUUGAGUCUCCUAGUCAUUGAAUUGACUUUACUAUUUCUUGGUGAUUGUUGUGUUCUAAGUAUAAUUGUUAGAGUGGUAUUUAUGAAUAUAAAUACAUUAACUGUUGAGCUGUUCAAAUUUGUUAUUUAUGAGGAACUCAGUCACUACUAUGCUCAUAAUAAACAGAACUGCUGAAGAUGGCUGCUGUUUGGGCUGAGAUUUUAAGGACUGUUUUGGUGGGAAGUUUGUGGUCAUGUUUGGCAUUUUGCUUAUGGCUUUUAUUGUUAUCUUUCAGGGCCUAUUUUAUUUGGUGAGCGACAAAUUAUCACUUUGUGAAUAUAUAAAACAAAACAAAACAAAUAUAGUGGUCCAGUAAAACAUUGUUUCUGCCAAGUAUUGCAGCAUAUGCUCAGGUUUGUUCCAACAUUAUGAUAGUUUUAUAACAGCAGACAUGGACAGAAAAUUUCAAGUGGAGUGUACUCGGACAUAGUAUUAUUGUGGAAGUCAAAUCCCAAGGUUCAAGGUUCAUUAUUUGGUGGUUUCAAUGUAAAUUAUGCUGUGGUUGGUUGGUGUGUCUGCUUCAUGAUUAUCAGCAAUGACCAUUUAUCUACCAAAAAGAUGACUAUGCCUUUGAUGAAGAGAGAUGUUUGUUGUAUUGGAUUGGGUUGGAUUUCAGUAAGAUCGACAAUCGACUAAGAUCGACUGUCGUUGAAUGUAAUGGCCAAAAAUGGUCUUUACCCUUGAGCUUUUCUAAGAAGACUAAAAAAGCCAUCCUCUCCGAGCUUGAUGCAGCUUAGUUUCUUUUCUAGUACAUUGUUCUAGUUGAGAUAGAGAAAUGUAUUCCCAAGAUGGAAAAUUACACUUUUCCUAGUUGAAAAUAACAUGAUUGUGAUAGGCCAUAAAACUCAAUAAACAAAGGUGUUAGUUUAACUUUUUACUAGGUUUCCCAACAGGUGUUUACAUUACUUAAAUUGGAUCAGGGACCAUAAAAAAAUCUGAAUCAAUUGGUGCUGCAAAUAAUGAUAAAAUGUGGUAACAUGGUUUAACUAAGCUAGUAGCUUAGUGACAUGUAAGAAAUUACUUGGUGAAUCAUUGGUCAUAGGCAUUCUAUUGAAGUAUGUAGAAAUUCUUUUUCCAUAGUAUGCAAAUCUAAAUUACCAAGAGCUAAAGAAGCAGCAAAGUACUUAGACAAAUAAAAAGG